AUGUCGACGUGGGGUGAACAUUUCCGAGUCACGACUUAUGGCGAGUCUCACUGCCGCUCUGUCGGCUGUAUCGUCGACGGUGUCCCACCAGGCAUGCAACUCACCGAAACCGACAUUCAACCCCAGAUGACUCGCCGCCGCCCUGGACAGAGCGCCCUGACAACCCCACGAGACGAGAAGGAUCGCGUUGAGAUCCAGUCAGGCACAGAGUUCGGUGUGACCUUGGGUACUCCCAUUGGAAUGAUCGUCCGCAACGAGGACCAGCGACCCAAGGACUACGGUGGCAGCACCAUGGACAUGUACCCCCGCCCCAGCCAUGCCGACUUCACCUACCUCGAGAAGUACGGCGUCAAGGCUAGCAGCGGCGGUGGUCGCAGCAGUGCCCGUGAAACAAUUGGUCGUGUCGCUGCUGGUGCCAUUGCUGAGAAGUACCUUAAGUUGUCGCACAACGUCGAGAUUGUCGCUUUCGUCUCUUCUGUUGGAAACGAGCACCUCUUCCCCCCAACCCCCGAACACCCUACCGCCUCCACCGACCCCGAAUACCUGAAGCUCCUGGAAACCAUCGACCGUGAGACCGUGGACAAGUUCAUCCCAGUCCGCUGCCCACACGCGGAAGCAGGUGCACGCAUGGAGAAGGCCAUCGAGAAAUUCCGCGACAACCACGAUAGCAUUGGCGGAACAGUGACAUGCGUGAUCCGUAACGUACCCGUUGGUCUGGGUGAGCCCUGCUUCGACAAGCUGGAGGCCAAGCUCGCGCACGCGAUGCUCAGCAUCCCCGCCACGAAGGGCUUCGAGAUCGGCUCUGGCUUCGGUGGUUGUGAAGUUGCUGGCUCUAUCCACAACGAUCCCUUCGUCGUCUCUAGCUCUGCGGACGGUACCCAGCGUCUCUCUACCAAGACUAAUAACUCUGGUGGUAUCCAGGGUGGUAUCUCCAAUGGUGCCAACAUUUACUUCCGCGUCGCUUUCAAGCCUCCUGCCACCAUUGGUCAGGCCCAGAACACCGCUACCUACGCUUUUGAGGAGGGUGUCCUUGAGGCUAAGGGUCGUCAUGACCCAUGUGUUGUUCCUCGUGCUGUCCCCAUCGUCGAGGCUAUGUCAUCACUUGUUGUGAUGGAUGCUCUGAUGGCCCAGUACGCGCGUGAGAGUGCGAAGAACCUCCUUCCUCCUCUGCCCAACACUAUCCCCACCAAGCCGGCUACUGCUCCUAAGGCUGCUCCCUCUUCGUAA